AUGUCUGCCCUACGAUCGUUCGCCACUGCUGCCUCCCGCUCCGUCACACCCGCCUCCAUUAAUACCACCACUCGCACCUUUCCUCGACCGAUCGCCGCCAAACUCAUUCAACGGCGCAACAUGGCUUCCAAGCAGAUUCCCAAGAUCAAGGUCAAGAAUCCUGUCGUCGAGCUCGAUGGCGAUGAAAUGACCAGAAUUAUCUGGAAGGACAUCAAGGACAAAUUCAUCCACCCAUAUCUCGACAUCGACCUCAAGUACUACGACCUCGGCUUGGAGAAGCGCGACGAGACCAACGAUCAAAUCACCAUCGACGCCGCCGAGGCCAUCAAGAAGUACAGCGUUGGUGUCAAGUGCGCUACCAUCACUCCAGAUGAGGCACGUGUGGAAGAAUUCAAGCUGAAGAAGAUGUGGCUGUCGCCCAACGGUACCAUCAGAAAUCAGCUUGGCGGAACAGUGUUCAGAGAACCGAUUGUGAUUCCCAGAAUACCCAGGCUUGUACCAGGGUGGCAGAAGCCCAUUGUGAUCGGACGUCAUGCGUUCGGUGAUCAAUACAGAGCGAAGGACCGUGUGAUUGACGGCCCAGGAAAGCUCGAGAUGGUGUUCACGCCAAAGGGUGGAGAACCAGAGAGAAUCGAGGUUUUUGAGUUUACUGAGAAGACCCAGGGAGGCGUUGCGCAGACCAUGUACAACACCACCGAGAGCAUCACUGGUYUCGCACACGCCUCCUUCAAGCACGCACUGUCGCUCAACUACCCAAUGUACAUGACCACCAAGAACACCAUCCUCAAGAAGUAUGAUGGACGCUUCAAGGACAUCUUCCAGGAGAUCUACGAGAAGGAUUACCGCAAGGAGUUUGAGUCCAAGGGACUGUGGUAUGAGCAUCGUCUCAUUGAUGACAUGGUCGCUCAGAUGAUCAAGAACGAGGGUGGCAUGCUCAUUGCUAUGAAGAACUACGAUGGUGAUGUCCAGUCCGACAUUGUUGCCCAAGGAUUCGGCUCCCUCGGCUUGAUGACCUCCGUCCUCGUCACUCCAGACGGCAAGACAUUCGAGGCUGAAGCAGCCCACGGUACCGUCACCCGUCACUACCGCGAACACCAAAAGGGCAACCCAACCUCGACAAACCCCAUCGCUUCCAUCUUUGCAUGGACCCGAGGUCUCGCCAAGCGUGGUGAGCUUGAUGGUAMCCCAGAGGUCACCAAGUUUGCCGAGAGCCUGGAGGAGGCAUGCAUCCACGUGGUCGACCAGCAAGGAAUCAUGACCAAGGAUCUCGCAAUCAGCUGUGGCAAGAAGAACGACUACGUCACCACCACCGAAUACCUCGAUGCCGUUGAGAAGCGCAUGAGGGCUGUUCUGUCGAGCAAGCUAUAG